ACUGGCAAAGCAAUUGUUUCCCGCUACAUACCGGUUGAAUACACACAGAAUGUUUUCCUCCAUCUCCAGACAAGCUUCCAAAGGUCAAUUGACCCGUCUCUUUAGUUCUAGCUCUCCUCGCUUGGUUAAGGUGGGCGAUAAAAUCCCCCAAAUCCCUUUGGCAUUGGAAAGUCCCGGUAAUCAAUUCGUGCUCGCAAACGAAAUCAAGUCUGGAAAAGCCUUGAUUGUCGGAGUGCCAGGAGCCUUUUCACCUGGAUGUACUGCUUCCCAUAUUCCAGGAUAUUUGGAAAACUUUUCCAAAUUCUCCGGGAAAGGAUUCAACAAAGUGUUUUUUGUGGCUGUCAAUGACGCAUUUGUGGUCGAUGCUUGGUCUAAAUCGUUCGCCAACGUCCCUGAGGGAGUUACUUUCCUUGCAGACCCUAAGGGUGAAUUUGUUGAUGCGUUGGAUUUGAAGUUCGAUGCUUCUGCGUUCUUCGGUAACGAAAGAUCUAAGAGAUUUGCUCUUGCUGUUGAAAAUGGAAGUGUCAUCGGGGCAUUUGUUGAACCUGAAAACACUCCUGUAGACGUGUCUGAAGCAACUAAGGUCUUGUCCCAGAUCUAGGUUACGAUUUUGUUGUUAGUUAAAUUUAAAGUACAUGAUUGUAUUUGCAAUCAAAACUGUCGCAACCAUUAGAACUUUUCUCAUCUCUGGUCCAAUACAUAUUCCCAUA